UUGGGUCUGGGAUUGCUGUUCUUGUCUGCUUUCUGGGGUUAGGGCUUCGGCGGCCAUGGCGACGACACAGCAGCACCAACACCAAGGUGGAGCGGGUGCCGCGAAGAGGAAGCCGGUGUUCGUAAAAGUGGAUCAGCUGAAGCCCGGGACGAGCGGGCACACCCUCACGGCCAAGGUGCUCACCUCCGAGACGGUCCUCCACAAGGGCCGCGCUUCCGCCGCCCAACUCCGCCCCACCAGGAUUUCUGAGUGCCUCAUCGGCGACGAAACCGGCACCAUCGUCUUCACUGCCCGUAACGAACAGGUUGACUUGAUGAAACCUGGUGCGACCGUCAUACUCCGCAAUGCAAAGAUUGAUAUGUUCAAGGGGUCAAUGAGACUGGCCGUCGACAAGUGGGGGCGCAUUGAGGUCACGGCGCCUGCAAGUUUCACAGUGAAAGAGGACAACAACUUAUCUCUGAUUGAGUAUGAGCUGGUCAAUGUUGUGGAAGAGUGAUGUCCAGUGGUAGAGAUAAGCACCGAAGAAUCACAGGUUAAAUUCUACGUCAAUCUCCUGGAGAUAGUUUUGAGUGUGCAGGGAUGUGAAAGCAAAGUGGUUUGAAGGCGAGUAGUUUCAGUGCUGAUGAAGCUGGCCGUGGUUUCAACCUUGUAAGAGUUGAGGCUUCGCUAAGGUUGCUGCUGCUGCUGCAUCGGUUUUAUUAGUUCCUUAGUUUUUUGGCUGAUUGUUAUUUUCUUGCAGAUUCUGAAGACAACUUGUAUUAUUUGUUGACCUCUGUGUACAAUCCAGCUGCAAUUUAACAUUCUUAUGUGGGGUUGGAUAUCGACCACGGUCAUUAAGCGGGGUUUUGUUUUGUG